UUGUGCGACGGAGGAGCUGGUUUAAUCUUCCGUUGCCCCGUGGCGUCGGCUCAUCUCCAGCAGGAAGGCGAGGCUUCCGCUCGACGCAGGGGUCCGCUGGAAGUAUGGCUUGUGAAUUAUUCAAGAGGGGCGGAUCAGCAUGCUGAAGGGGCGUUCUACAGCCUGUCUAGCAAACUAGAACUCAUUGAUUAAUCGUAAAGGAUUGAAGUCUCUCCCUCAUUAUGCUGGGCUGGGGAGAAAGGCGAAAUGGCCUGGUGGUCAGCAGCAUGGAUUGCAAGCCAGACCACCUGGGUUCAGAGCUUAGCUCUGACAGCUGUGUGACCCUGGAUGUCCAGCUCGCCGCUGUCCAAGAAACGUCGCGUGUCCGGGCCUGAUCCAAAGCCGGGUUCUAACUGUUCCCCUGCCCACUCUGUGUUGUCCGAAGUGUCCUCUGUGCCAACCAACGGAAUGGCAAAGAACGGCAAUGAAGCAGACAUAGAUGAAGGCCUUUACUCCCGGCAGCUAUACGUGUUGGGCCAUGAGGCAAUGAAACGACUCCAGACAUCCAGCGUACUGGUAUCAGGCCUGCGGGGACUGGGCGUGGAGAUUGCCAAAAACAUCAUCCUUGGUGGGGUCAAGGCUGUCACCCUACAUGAUGAAGGCACUGCCCAGUGGGCUGACCUCUCCUCCCAGUUCUACCUGCGGGAGGAGGACAUUGGUAAAAACCGGGCUGAGGUUUCCCAGCCCCGCCUCGCUGAGCUUAACAGCUACGUGCCUGUCAGUGCCUACACUGGCCCCCUCGUUGAGGAAUUCCUUAGUGGCUUCCAGGUGGUGGUCCUCACCAACACCCCCCUGGAAAACCAGCUGCUGGUGGGUGAAUUCUGUCACAGUCGUGGCAUCAAGCUGGUGGUGGCAGACACACGGGGCCUGUUUGGGCAACUCUUCUGUGACUUUGGAGAGGAAAUGAUCCUCACUGAUUCCAAUGGGGAACAGCCGCUCAGUGCUAUGGUUUCUAUGGUUACCAAGGACAACCCUGGUGUGGUUACCUGCCUGGACGAGGCCCGACACGGGUUUGAGAGUGGCGACUUUGUCUCCUUUUCAGAAGUACAGGGCAUGGUUGAACUAAACGGAAGUCAACCCAUGGAGAUCAAAGUCCUGGGUCCUUAUACCUUUAGCAUCUGUGACACAUCCAACUUCUCUGAUUAUAUCCGUGGCGGUAUCGUCAGUCAGGUCAAAGUACCUAAGAAGAUCUGCUUUAAAUCUUUGCUGGCCUCACUGGUAGAGCCCGACUUUGUGAUGACGGACUUCGCCAAGUAUUCCCGCCCUGCUCAGCUGCAUAUUGGCUUCCAGGCCCUUCACCAGUUCUGUGCUCAGCAUGGCCAGCCUCCUCGGCCCCACAAUGAGGAGGAUGCAUCAGAGCUUGUGACCUUAGCCCAGGCUGUGAAUGCUCGAGCCCUGCCAUCAGUGCAGCAGGAGAGCCUGGAUGAGGACCUCAUCCGCAAGCUGGCAUAUGUAGCUGCUGGGGAUUUGGCACCCAUAAAUGCCUUCAUUGGGGGCCUGGCUGCCCAAGAGGUCAUGAAGGCCUGCUCUGGGAAGUUUAUGCCCAUCAUGCAGUGGCUGUACUUUGAUGCCCUGGAGUGUCUCCCUGAGGACAAGGAGGCCCUCACAGAGGACAAGUGCCUCCCGCGUCAGGACCGUUAUGAUGGGCAGGUGGCCGUAUUUGGCUCCGACAUGCAAGAGAAGCUGGGCAAGCAGAAGUACUUCCUGGUGGGUGCAGGAGCCAUUGGCUGUGAGCUGCUCAAGAACUUUGCCAUGAUUGGGCUGGGCUGCGGGGAGGGCGGAGAAAUUGUCGUCACAGACAUGGACACCAUUGAGAAGUCAAAUCUGAACCGACAGUUUCUGUUUCGGCCCUGGGAUGUUACAAAGUUAAAGUCUGACACUGCUGCUGCGGCUGUGCUCCAGAUGAAUCCUCACAUCCGGGUGACAAGCCACCAGAACCGUGUGGGCCCUGACACAGAGCGCAUCUAUGACGACGAUUUCUUUCAGAACCUCGAUGGCGUGGCCAAUGCCCUGGACAACGUGGAUGCCCGCAUGUACAUGGACCGCCGCUGUGUGUACUACCGUAAGCCACUGCUGGAGUCAGGCACACUGGGCACCAAGGGCAACGUGCAGGUGGUGAUCCCCUUCUUGACAGAGUCAUACAGCUCUAGCCAGGACCCGCCUGAGAAGUCCAUCCCCAUCUGCACGCUGAAGAACUUCCCCAACGCCAUCGAGCACACCCUGCAGUGGGCUCGGGAUGAGUUUGAAGGCCUCUUCAAGCAGCCAGCAGAAAAUGUCAACCAAUACCUCACAGACCCCAAGUUUGUGGAGCGGACCUUGCGGCUGGCGGGCACCCAACCCUUGGAGGUGCUGGAGGCCCUGCAGCGCAGCCUAGUGCUGCAGCGCCCACAGACCUGGGCCGACUGCGUGACCUGGGCAUGCCACCACUGGCACACCCAGUACUCUAACAACAUCCGGCAGCUGCUGCACAACUUCCCUCCUGACCAGCUCACAAGCUCAGGAGCUCCCUUCUGGUCUGGACCCAAACGCUGUCCACACCCACUCACCUUUGAUGUCAACAAUCCCCUGCAUCUGGACUACGUGAUGGCUGCCGCUAACCUGUUUGCCCAGACCUACGGGCUGACAGGCUCUCAGGACCGAGCUGCUGUGGCCGCACUCUUGCAGUCUGUUCAGGUCCCUGAGUUCACCCCCAAGUCUGGUGUCAAGAUCCACGUCUCUGACCAGGAGCUGCAGAGCGCCAGUGCCUCUGUUGAUGACAGCCGUCUAGAGGAGCUCAAGGCCACAUUGCCUAGUCCAGAAAAGCUCCCUGGGUUCAAGAUGUACCCCAUCGACUUUGAGAAGGAUGAUGACACCAACUUCCAUAUGGAUUUCAUUGUGGCUGCAUCCAACCUCCGGGCAGAGAACUAUGACAUUCCUGCUGCAGACCGGCACAAGAGCAAGCUGAUUGCAGGGAAGAUCAUCCCAGCCAUCGCCACAACCACAGCAGCUGUGGUUGGCCUUGUGUGCCUGGAGCUAUACAAGGUAGUUCAGGGGCACCGACGGCUUGACUCCUACAAGAAUGGUUUCCUCAAUUUGGCCCUACCUUUCUUCGGCUUCUCUGAACCCCUUCCCGCACCCCGUCACCAGUACUAUAACCGAGAGUGGACGUUGUGGGAUCGCUUUGAGGUACAGGGGCUGCAGCCUAAUGGUGAGGAGAUGACCCUCAAACAGUUCCUUGACUACUUUAAGACAGAGCAUAAAUUGGAGAUCACCAUGCUGUCCCAGGGCGUGUCUAUGCUCUACUCCUUCUUCAUGCCAGCUGCCAAGCUCAAGGAACGGUUGGAUCAGCCGAUGACAGAGAUCGUAAGCCGUGUGUCGAAGCGAAAGCUGGGCCGCCAUGUGCGGGCACUGGUGCUUGAGCUGUGCUGCAACGACGAGAGCGGCGAGGAUGUUGAGGUCCCCUACGUACGAUACACCAUUCGCUGACCCCAAGCCCCCCUUCUCUAGAUCCCUUCCAGCCCAGGGUUCCCAUUUGACCUCUGGCAGUGACCCAGCUAGCGAAGCCUGGUAUUCCCUCCUCAUCCCCCCACCUGAACCCCUCUUACCACUGCUUCCUACCUUGUUCAGAACCUUGAAUCCUAAUAAACAGUUAUUAACUCAGA